AGAUGACGACCUCUGCAAACCAACCCAUUAGUUCCAGGCCCGCUCGUUGGCUGGUCUUCCCUACAUGUGCCACAUCGGGAGCCACCGCAGCUCGUCCGUUUGCGCCAGCUUUGACGUGAUCUCGUCUAGUCUCUCCGUGCUGGGCUACUACCAGCCAAUCCAACGUCGCAGAUGAGCUCAUUUACAUCUGUUCUAACCUGUCGUGCCUCGCCUUGCCUUGCUUUGGCCAUGUCCAAGCCACCUUUUCUUCUUCCUCGUUUCUUACGUGCGCCAGAGAUACCUCCCACACAAGAACCAAGGUGUGGCUGCUAGGAUGUACAUGCCUGGAUAACGAUGGCAUUAGCUGCGUCAGACCCCUCAUUCCUAUUCUUCCGCGUCACUUUGGGCAAUCCAUUGGCUGAGAGACAUAUGUGUGCCGCUAGCGAGUCCAGCAGGAUGGAAUAGUUGGACCAUUCAAGGCCAAGAUAUAUCUGUUUCUGUCUCGAGCCGUCGUACCCGUUAGUUACUUUCGUUGUCUCUUGCCCUCUGGAGGGCAGAGAAGUACUUGCCUGCCCCGUACCUGGCCAUCCCGUCCGUUGCGUGUCCACCCCAGCCGUCCAGGUAUGCCAUUGUGAUGUGUUUGCUAUCAGAGGCAGGCGGGGAGAAGCAAGACCCAAAAGACGUCAGACCUGCAGGCUACCUACUUACUUAUCCAGGCCUCCCACGUUCACCUUAUAAGACGCCUCUUUGCCCAGUAUCACCCAGCCUUCCUGGAGUAUUCACUUACAUCUAGAAAACAAACAAACAUUCAAUCGACCAUAGUCUCCAGCCCACUCGGGACUACAUCUUCAAGCAGUUGCGCAAACUACAAAUCACAAAGACUUCCACGUCAACACAGAGUACCCACCGACCAAUAUGGAGACAAUCAACAACAUCGCGGGCGCGGCGAGCAAGGCCAUCUGGGGAACGAACGAAGCUAACCAAGAGCCUGUCUCUGGUGUCAAGGGCAACACCAACCAGGGUGAACCGUAUGAUGCUGGCAACAUCGAAGACCCUUUGAACAAGGAGAAGAAGGCCAACGUGGCUGAUGCUCACACCUCUGAGCCGGCGACUGGGUCAACAGCAACCACAACCACUGGGCUGUCUACUACCACUGCCCCAACCACAAGCACCCCGUCAGCUGGUACGACUGGAACGACGGGCACCGAGACUGGAAACGAGCACAGCUUGACCGAUAGGUCGCGUGCUACCGAAGAAUCCACGACGCACAAGACGACAGAGGAGCUGUCCCCAAAGCACAAGGAAGAGAUCGGCAAGCCCGAGCUCAAGCACACAUCACCCAACGAUGUCCCCUCGGCCGACAGCGCCGCAGGGAAGACCGAGACGCGCGCUCCCAGUGACCCAGCCACCGAUCCGGCACCCAAGGGACAAGAUGUCAACAACAGUGCGUCCGGUCCCACUGCUGGCGGUGACAAGCUUGAUGGCCCAGGCCCAAGACCCCUGGAAGCCGUCGCCAAGGAGCGCGGGGGUGAUGCAGGCAAUGUCAAGGGAUCCUCGAAGGGUGGUCUCAUCGGAGGCGAGGAGUCCAAGACGGACACUGAAGGCAAGAAGGAGGAGGAUCCUAAUGCCAGCCACGGCGAGGAGGGUACGGGCGAGAAGCUCGUAAAGGCUACGGGAUUGGCUGCUGAUGGCGGCGAUUUUGAUGCGACGAAGCCUGGCGCCGGCCGCGAGGCAGACCGCCUCCUGGAUGAGAAGGAUCCCGCCCAUGCGGCAGCCAAGGCGUCUGCAAAGUCCGGCGCCGACAAGACCAGUGAUAAGACGAGCGAAUCUCACAGCUCCAGUGCCGGCACUGGCACGGAGAAGGAGAAGGAAAGUCUCAAGGACAAGAUCAAGGCCAAGCUUCACCGUCACUAGGAGAUGGGUGUGUCGACUUCUCUUUAAUCAUGUCCAUUUUGUAUCACCAACGAUUUCUAGCACCAGCGCCGGAACACGAUCAUGACGGCUGUUUAAUGACUUGUAGUACCGAACGAUAAGUUGAUAAAACGACCGUAAAACAACCAUUCUGUGUGAAUGUGUGAAAAGAUUCUGCUUAAUCUUGAUACUAAAGCCCUGCUAUCCCAACCGGUGGUCUGGAGAUGGACGGGCAACUCCUAGAAGAACCUGUUGCACGUAUACGGGCCAAACAAGCACUUGCAUGCUUCUCACGACUCUCACUAUACCUGUCUCCUGACCUCCCACAUUCUUGUUCCUUCAGCUUCCUACAUAUACACCAGAUACUGAAAGUGUGCUACAUGGCAUUCGUGAAAGCCAAUAUUGACAUCAUCGAAGAAUGCUUGCUCUAACGAGGCGCAUUGCAUUGAUGGACAGAUCAAGGGCACGUAUAUUUAAGGCACGCCGAC